AUGGAGAUUACUAAGGUGGACCUCCGUGGCCUAAAUCCCAGCGGGCCUGGGUGGAGGGAAGCCCGGGACGCCGUAACCACAUCCAUGGUGGCACACGGCUUCGUGGUGGUCGCACACGACGCGGUCGGCCCGGAGCUCCGGGAAGCGCUUUUCGGGCGCGCCUUGCCGGAGUUGUACGCGCUUCCGGUGGAGGCCAAGCGGCAGAACGUGGCGUCCACUCGGGUCCCGUUCCAAGGCUACAUCUCAAACAUGCCCGACGGGACCCUCGAGAGCUUGCGCGUCUGGGAUCCCACCGACGCCAGCCGCGUCCGUGACUACGGCAACCUCCUCUGGCCGCAGCAGGGGGGCAACCCUGCCUUCUGCGACACCAUUGUGUCGGUUGCCAAGAAGCUGGUGAAGCUGGAGCAGACCGUGAUGAUGAUGGUCCUUGAGGGCCUCGGCGCCGGGGAGGAGCGCAUCCACGCACACCAGGACCAGGAGGCGCUCACCUACGGCCUUCGGCUCUGGCGCUACGGCAUGCGGCCUCUGGACGCAGCCACCGGCGUCUCAUUGCUACCGCACCGUGACACCUGCAUCACCAGCACCGUCCUGCAGCAUGAGGUGGAAGGCCUGGAGGUGCAGACCAGGGACGGCAACUGGAUCGCCGUGCCGCCUCAGCCCGACACAGCCACCAUCAUCGCCGGUGAUUUCUUCACUGUCCUAACAAAUGGAAGGACGCCGUCAUGCCUCCACCGUGUUAGGACGCCGAGCAACCGCGAGCGCUUCUCGGUGGCUCUCCACUGCCGCCGAAAGGACGACGCCUUGGUGGCUCCAAUGGCUGAGCUGGUCGACAGAGACCACCCUCUGAUGUAUAACCCUUGCAUUGCCGGCGAGUACACCAUAUUUCGCUACUCCGAGGAAGGGGGCGACCACGGCGACCCACUCAAGGCUUUCUGCGGUGUCUGA